AUGUCGAGUGGAGGCUUGGUGCGGAGCUCCUCACCCUGCAGGACUAGAGAGGAAGCUCAGUGCAGCCUCAUCCUCAGAGCCAGAGGAUCAGCACACCUCGCCCUUGCCAUGGGGUAAAAUGGAAUACAUGGACAAAUUGCCCUCCCCCAGGCCCUUGGUUUAAAAAUGUCUGACCAGAAGAAUAUUGUGUGCAGUGCCCAUUGCAUUGAAAAGUUACUGUCUGAGAAUAAUUUCCAGGAUAUUGAAAAUCAUCUAGAAGUGCUAGAAGGUAUUGAUAUGACUAUGGAAUAUCUACAGGGGACAGGAGCUGCCAAGGCUAUAUACAGAGUACUGAAGAGCUGCCCUUCAGCAGUGCUGAAAAAGAGAGCAAAGGGUUUGUUAUCUAGGUGGAAAGCACUUUACAAGAAAAAACAUAUUCUCUCAGGGCAAGGUAAGGAGACAGAUUCUSUGCAUCUGGAAGAAGAAAGUGAGCAUCUCUGCGUGAUUCCCAAAGAACGGUCACUGUUGGAUGGAGCAGGUCAGCAGGAGGUAUCAGAUAGCACUAGYUCUACAGUUUUGGUCCCAUCACAAAGUGUUGUCAGAAAUGUGGUAUCUGAUGACCCAGAAAGCAGUGAGGACCAUUGGCUUUCUCCUUCUGUAGAGCGACCUACAAGUAAUGCAUGUUCAAAGCCUCUUGUUGGUGAAGCAGGCUUGCAGCUGGAUCACACGAAAGCUCUGAGACGUCAGUGCACAGAUCUUCUCUAUAAAGCUUUGACUGCUUCUGCUGAAGACAAAGAAGAAACCCAUAAAUGGUUAGAGCUGUCAAAAGAAAUUGAAGAGCAUGUAUUUGCUCUUCAUGCCAAAAAUGCCAAGAAAUAUAAAAAUUGCAUCAGAAGCAAAAUCUCUAACUUGAAGAACCCUAAAAAUUGCCAUUUAAAGCAUAAUCUCUCUUCAGGGUCUUUGAGUCCAAAGGCCUUUGCUGAGAUGACAGUGAUGGAAAUGGCCAGUGAUGAACUGAAACAGCUCCGGGCCCUGUACACGGAAUCUUCUGUUCAGGAACAUCAGCUUCCACAAGCCGUUAAGGGCAUGCAGACACACAAAAUAAAAUGCAGGCGCUGUGAAAAAUUUGAUUGCACCGUCACAAUGAUUGCCAGGGGAACUCUCUUUCUUCCAGGCUGGGUGCGAAACACAAAUGCAGAUGAGCAAAUGGYGACUUACGUUAUUUGCAAUGCCUGUGGAGAACAGUGGUAUCACAGCAGAUGGGUCUGUCUGUAACACUGCAGCUUCUAACAAGGUGCUGAGAAACAAGAACUGCAAAAUGUUAAAAUACAUGGGUGUGAGAAGGCAUCUCUGUAGAAACUUUAUACAGUUUAUAUUGAUGUGCUUAUGAAGAUGUUGCAAUUAAUAAAUUGCAAGAUGCCAAUUAAAAAAGAACCUAUGCUACUUUUAAAGGUGAUURGAGCAAAUCUUCUGUGAUUUUUUUUUUAAUAUAAUAAAUAUGUAUGUCAGUGUGUUUGAAAACAAAAGUGCCCCAUGGCUAAUGUGAUAUCAGAAAGCAGAAUAUGCACUA